AUCCAGAAAAUAGAAGAUGCCAAUAAGAAGGGUAUGAUGAACGCGGCCUGCCAGUUUCAGGAAGUAUUCUUCUUCUUAUAGAGCCGUUGAGUUCAGGGGCAUCAUGUCUAGUGCACAUGUACCCAAAUUUGGCAAUUGGGACGACAAAGACAUUCCAUACACAAGAUAUUUUGAAAAUGCUCUCAAAUACAGAGAAAAAGGCUUCAAUCCUAAUGAUCCCCAACAGAAUCCAGAAGCCUUCAUGAAUCAACAUCAAAUCCAACAGCAAAAUCUGAGAAUAAAACAGAACAAAUCUUCUCAGAAAGCGAAUACAGAUCCGGCGAGAAUCAGUGCCAAAAUUGAUUCAUACACUAAAAAAAAUAAGUCGAGUUCUUCAGUUUCCCGUCAGCCAAACAUGGUUUCUCAAUCUUCAAAAGCUCUAAUCAAUACAGUCUCUUCCUUAUCAGCAGAUUCUAAUGAUACAAGACCUUUUCCUCAAAGGCCUGCAUAUGUUGCUCUAUCAAACGAAGGGAAGGAGAAGAAGAAGACUGGCACAAGUAAGUUGUCAAGCGUUCCAACGGCUCCUAAAAACAGAAAACCUAUGCGGAGAACUUCAUCAAAGGCAUGGUGCUGCUUGAUUAAUAAAACCUGGGAGUGAUCAUCAUACGCUUACUGCAAUAAUUAUAUGUAUUUUCUUCAGGGCUUUGUGUCAUAAACUGGUUUGGAAACUUAUGAAGUUAGAGAGCUUCAUGCAAAUUUCUCAAUAAGUUUUUCUUUUUUUUCUUUUUGGGUUUUAAGGUUGGAUCUUGAUAUUGGUUUGUAAGUUCUUAUGAUUGAAAUAAA